GUGACGCGAUCCCGGUGUCUCCGGGGGGUCUGUUCGUCCCUCCGUUGUUUACGCAAUCGCGUUGUCCCAAUCUUUUCCGCGUCCACAUUAGCAGCUUGACGACGCAUCAGCAAGCGUACACUUGCCAUAUACGUUGUAUUCCCUUUCAGGGCCGGCAAGCCACCGGUGGGCCUGCACUUGGACGUGCUGAAGAACGACAAGUUGAUACAGACAUCCUUUACAGAAACUUAUGGUGGAUGAGAAGAAGUGUUAUCUGUUUGGGCGCAAUCAACAGUUGAAUGACUUCUGCAUCGAUCAUGCUUCGUGUUCUCGUGUUCAUGCGGCUCUCGUUUAUCAUAAGCAUCUCAAUCGAGCAUUCCUGGUUGAUUUAGGAAGCACACAUGGGACCUUUAUUGGAAAUCUACGUCUAGAAGCUCAUAAACCAACUCAGUUACCAAUUGAUAGUACAUUUCACUUUGGGGCAUCAACUCGGUAUUAUAUAAUAAGAGAAAGACCUCAAACUGGUGCCAGGCCCAUCAUCGAAGAACUGGAGAAGUUAUCAGAGGAUAUGGAUGCUGGUGGUUUGUUGGGACUACCAGAAACGGAAACAGAGUUGGAUAAUCUAACAGAAUUCAAUACGGCUCACAAUCGACGAAUUUCUAUGCUUGGCAUAACAGAUGACGAAAUGCACAAACCAACGCGCAAGCGGAAGAAAAAAGGAAUUACUUUCAAUGACGAUGAAGAAGUAAUUAAUCCGGAAGAUGUUGAUCCCUCAGUCGGGAGGUUUCGAAAUCUUAUACAAACGACGGUUGUUCCUAGUAAGAGAAUGCGUAUGGAAGGUGGUCUCAUAUCAUUGUCAGAGGAUCACAAUCCUCUGAAACACAUGCAACCCACAUCUACUCCGCAACUCUAUCACGAUCUACCUCCCGAGCAAUUUACGCCGUCCUCGAUGUCGACGAUCAAUCCGUUUUCGACGGCUCUAACAUCACUAACGUCACGGCUUGGCAUUGCGUUACCUAAUCCAGCACCCGAAGUGGAGAUGACACCGAAUCAAAUACAAACUGAAGUGCCACAUGUACAGGAGCAUAUGCCAGGCACGACGGAGCCACGAGCGAUGGAACCGAAAAAAAAGAAGUACGCCAAAGAGGCAUGGCCUGGGAAAAAGCCGAUACCAACGCUUCUUGUAUAAUAGGAAUUACCGUUCAUAUUUACAUUUUGUAAUUUUAUUAUUUUUUGAUAGAGUCACUUUUCAUCCAGGGAUUGUUCAUACAUUACAGAUUUGCAUAUGAUUUUUCAUUGGCUCUAUCACGUGUUACUAUAUCAGCAGUAAUCAAAUCUGUUUUAGUUAUGCUGAAACAUGUAUUAUUAGUGGAAAAGUUACAUAUUAAUG